AUGCGUCCGAAGUCGCUGGACGCGAUCGACAAGUACAUUCACACCCACGACAAGAACGAGCGCUGGACGAUCUACGACGAAAAGGAAGGCAAGGAGAUCCGUUUGACCCCGCGCCAAAUCGCCAUCAUCAAGAACAUCCAGAACCACCAAGCCGCGCUUCCUGGCUACGACGACGAGCCGGAGUACAUCCCCUACGCUUCCGGCGAGGUGGAGACCAUGCCGCUGGUGGAUCCGAACCCUGUGAAGAGCACGUUCAUCCCCGCGGUUUGGGAGCGCCGCAAAGUGGCGAAGAUCAUGAAACGCAUGCGCCAGGGGCGUUACAAGCUGCAAGCGUCCAAGGAGACCAAGCUGUUCUACGACAUGUGGGAAGAGGAGGGAGAAGAGCGCCGAAACGCCCCGCCCAGCCUGGCCGCGCCGAAACUCCCCCUUCCGGACCACAGCGAGUCGUACAACCCCCCCGAGGAAUAUCUGCCCAGCGAAUCGGAGAAGCGGGAAUGGGAGGAAGCCAGUCCCGAGGACCGGUCGGGGCGUUUCACGGCGCUGACUCGUAGAAAGCGGAACUUCCUGCCGCAGAAAUUCGCGUGUCUGCGUCGCGUGCCGCUGUACAUAUCCGAGGAUUCCCGCGGGGAGCCCUUAACGCCAGGCGAACUUCGUGAAGGAGCGGUACGAGCGCUGUCUGGACCUGUACCUGUGUCCGCGGUCGAUCAAGCAGCGCAUCACGAUCGACCGCAACGCGCUGCUGCCGGAGCUGCCGAACAUCAACGAGCUGCGGCCGUUCCCGACGACGCAGAGCCUGGAGUUCGACUUCCAGGCGGGCCGCGUGCGGUCGAUCCACGUGGACGCGACGGGGUUCUAUCUGGCGUCGGGCGGCGAUGGAAAGCAGCUGAUCAUUUCCGAGCUGAUGACCGGGCGCGUGAUGAAGACGUACGCGUUCCCCGCGGUGAUCCAGGAGAUCCGGUGGAACCCGUCGGCGUUGUACUCGGACGUGAUCGCGGUGGCGAGCGAGACGGAGGUGUAUCUGAUCGACACCGAGCUCUCGGGGAACGCGGACGUGCAUCGGCGCUGCCGCGAUCUGCUUGCCGAGGCGUCGAGUGGCUCGUCAACAAGGCCGCCGAGCAAAUCGACGAGCCCAGCGAGGCCAAUGGAGCCAAUGGGUCCAGUGGGUCCAAUGAGGCCAGUGGGUCCAAUGGGUCCAAUGGGUCCAAUGAGGCCAAUGAAUCCAAUGAAUCCAAUGAAUCCAAUGGGUCCAAUGAGCCCAGCGUGUUCGUGGACAUGGCGAACAUCGUGGUGCUGCGGCACAGCUCGCCGGUGAAGGACAUGGCGUGGCACCACAAGGGCGACUACUUCUGCGUGAACGCGAGCUCGGCGUCGGCGUCGAUCGUGUACAUCCACCAGCUCAGCAAGGGCACCUCGCAGAUCCCCAUCAGCAAGCUGAAAGGCCUGGUGCAGCGCGUUCUCUUCUCGCCGUCCUCGCUGCCCUACCUCUUCGUCGCCACCCAGACCGAGGUCAAGAUCUACAAUCUCGUCAAACAGACCCUCGUGAACAAGCUCCGCACCGGGGUCAAGUGGGUGUCGUCGAUGGCUAUCCAUCCGUGCGGAGACAAUCUCAUCGUGGGAAGUUUCGAUGCUCGACUGUCCUGGUUCGAUCUCGACCUCGCGUCCACGCCUUACAAAACGCUACGGUAUCACAAGAAGGCGAUUCGAAAGGUGCAGUUCCACGAUCAGUACCCUCUGAUGAGCACUUGCUCCGAUGAUGGAACCAUUCAUGUAUUCCAUACCACUGUUUAUAAUGAUUUCGUACACAACGCGUUGAUCGUGCCGCUGAAGAUUCUCCGUGGUCACGAGAUUAAGGACGAUCUGGGAGUUCUCGAUACGCAGUUCCAUCCGACGCAGCCGUGGAUUAUUACGGCGGGAGCAGAUCAUACGAUUCGGAUGUAUAUCAAUAUUCCUUGCCAUGUUUGUUUGAGUCAUGUCGAAGGCUAG